AUGUGCGUAUUCCUGGCCAGUCCCGAGCGCCGGAGGUUUGUUGUUGUUCCCGUGGCCCUCCUGGCUCCGUGGUCCGUGGAGGCCUCCGUGGCCCUCCUUCCGUGGCCCUCCUACCCCGUGGCCCCCUGCCUCCGUGCCCUCCUGGCUCCGUGGCCUCCUACCCCCGUGGCCCUCCUGCCUCCGUGGCCCUCCUCCUCCGUGGCCCUCCUACCCCCGUGCCCUCCUGCCUCCGUGGCCCUCCUGGCUCCGUGGCCCUACUACCCCCGUGGCCCUCCUGGCUCCGUGGCCCUCCUGGCUCCGUGGCCCCCUCCUACCCCCGAGGCCUUCCUGCCUCGUGGCCCUCCUAUCCUCGUGGCCCUCCUACCCUCGUGCCCUCCUGCCCCCGUGGCCCUCCUACCCUCGUGGCCCUCUACCCCUCCUCCUACCCUCGUGGCCCUCCUGCCCCCGUGGCCCUCCUACCCCCGUGCCCCUGCCCCCGUGGCCCUCCUACCCUCGUGCCCCUACCCUCGUGGCCCUCCUGCCCCCGUGGCCCCUACCCCCGUGGCCCUCCUCCCCGUGGCCCUCCUGCCCCCGUGGCCCUCCUAUCCUCGUGGCCCUCCUGCCUCCGUGGCCCUCCUGCUCCCGUGGCCCUCCUACCCUCGUGGCCCUCCUAUCCUCGUGCCCUCCUGCCCCCGUGGCCCUCCCCCAUGGCCCUCCUGCCCCCGUGGCCCUCCUGCUCCCGUGGCCCCUCCUACCCCCGUGGCCCUCCUGCCUCCCGUGGCCCUCCUGCUCCGUGGCCCUCCUACCCCCGUGGCCCUCCUGCCCCCGUGGCCCUCCUGCCCCCGUGCCCUCCUACCCGUAGCCCUCCCCCGUGGCCCUCCUACCCUAGUGGCCCUCCUGCCCGUGGCCCUCCUGCCCCGUGGCCCUCCUACCUCGUGGCCCUCCUGCCCCCGUGGCCCUCCUGCUCCCGUGGCCCUCCUGCCUCCGUGGCCCUCCUACCCUCGUGGCCCUCCUGCCCCCGUGGCCCUCCUCCGCCUCAGGUCACGGGCUUGA